UUUCAAGAUUUUGAAUUCUUCGAAUUGGCUACUCUUUAUAUGGAUCAAUGUAUUGGAAACUUUAUAUUCAGGAUAGAUCAAAAUUGUUAAGAAUUUAGUUAUCUUUCCGUUAAUAGCAAUGUAUUGAACGAAUUAAAAAGAAAAAUUCAUAUAAUCGACCUCAAACUUAUUGGGAUUCAGGCUUAGGUUGUUGAUGUUGAUCAUUCAAAUAAUUUUAUUGUUAAUGUUUGCUAUUACCAGUCUUAAUCGCGUAGUUUCUAGAAUUGAAUUAGCAGUUGAUGCCCAUUACUUAUUUCAAUUCGAUUUGAUUCAUUUAGGAUCUGGUUAAUUAACAUAAUCCACAAUUUAUAUAACAGGUCUUCCCUUUCAGAACCAAGCACAUCAACAAGCUGUUUUAGUUCAUCUACAGCAGACGAACAAUCCAUGAAAGAGCGAAAGGGAUGGUCGAUCACUAUUCAUGACCUCUCAGGCUCACCCGUGGCUGCUGCAUCAAUGGUGACACCAUUCGUGCCAUCACAGGGCAGUGAUAGGGUCAGUAGAUCCAAUCCGGGAGCCUGGCUCAUCCUUCGUCCUGGUCACAACACCUGGACACCCUGGGGCCGUCUGGAGGCCUGGCGUGAACACAACUGCGGUGACCAACUUGGCUACCGCUUCGAACUCAUCCCCAAUGGCGGCAUAGACUCAAUCCCUCUUGCCAAUUCCUCAAUUAGCAUGAGAACUGGUGGCAAAUUCAGCAUAGAUGUAACAACAGGACCAACCCCAAUGACUAGUCCUAAUAGCAGCUUUGAUUUCAGUUCAGCAUCUAGUUUUGGCUCAGAAUUCGGAUCUGCACAGGGAUCUGGAUCAUGGGCACAUCUCUUGUAUAAAGGAUUCGUAAUGUCGUGCACUGUCGAAGGCAACGGGAAGUGCAGCAAACCGGCGGUUGAAAUCGGAGUGCAGCACGUGACUUGCACGGAGGAUGCUGCAGUUUUUGUGGCAUUGGCAGCAGCAAUCGAUUUAAGCAUGGAUGCUUGUAGAUCGUUUUCUCAUAAGCUAAGGAAGGAAUUGAGGCAACCAGAUCAAGAAUAAUACUACUGGAACUGUUUUGAGUUCUUGGAUUUGCAUUAAAUUAACAGCAUACUGGAGCUGUUUUUUUCCUCCUAGAGUGUACAGUAUUUACACGGGGUUUGUUUUUGCAUUUUCUUGUAUUUGACUCUUUGUCCGUUCAUUUGUACAUUCAUUGAGAGUUUAUCCUUCAAGUUCUUGUUUCCUUCUCAAACCA